GUUCCAACUAAGCUCACUUUUCUGUGUGAGUGGACAUCUGAGGAGUGAAUACAGAACACACUACUACACCUCAGCUUCAUCUACAGAAUUUUCUACUUCCUGGGUUGGAUCACUGAGUCGGACAGGUGUGACAGGUAUGACGGCCAACGACCUCCAGCUGAACUCUGAACCCUUGAGGUCGGAGCCUCCCGCCAGAUGCAGGAGCCCUUUCAACAGCAUCAAGUUCUUUGUGCUAUGCCAUGGUAUGCUCCAGCUGGCCCAGCUGUUGGUGUCUGGUUAUCUGAAGAGCUCCAUCUCCACUAUAGAGAGACGCUACGGCUUCUCCAGCCAGAAGUCUGGCAUCCUGGCCUCAUUCAAUGAGGUGGGGAACACGGUCCUGAUAGUGUUUGUAAGUUUCUUUGGUAGCCGUGUUCACAGGCCGCGGUUCAUCGGUGGAGGGGCACUGGUGGCCAGUCUGGCUGCUUUGAUGAUGGCCCUGCCUCAUUUCAUCAGUGGCCCCUAUGAGUACACAGUCCACAUCAGCCAAUCCAAGGAUGACAUAUCUGGCCUCUGCCAAUUAGAGAGCUCCUUCCAAACACCCUUGUCCAAUCACAGCUGCAUGCAGCAGGAGAGUCAUGCUCAGCAGGGCGUAUUCCCCCUCCUGCUCCUAGGACAGCUACUCCUGGGAAUCGGCGGCGUUCCCAUCCAACCCUUCGGAAUCUCCUACAUUGAUGACUAUGCCAGCAAGAGGAACUCUCCCCUCUACCUCGGUAUUCUCCUGGCUGUCACGUCUAUCGGUCCUGCAUUUGGUUUCAUGAUGGGCUCCUUCAUGCUGCGCUUUUAUGUCGACAUCAACAAGAUGUCCAAAGAUGAGAUAGGUCUGGAGCAAGGGGACCCUCGCUGGGUGGGAGCCUGGUGGUUGGGCUUUGUCGUGGCAGCCUCCUUCCUCUUCCUCACCUCCCUGCCCUACCUCUUCUUCCCCCGACAGAUGCCCAAAGAGGAAGCUGCAGGCGGUGCCACAGAACCCAGAGCCGAGGAGGAAAAGAAACCACUGCCAGACCCCGUCCAGGAACUCACCCUCCCACAGUUCCUCAAAAGCUUCCCCCGUAUCGCUCUACGGACCCUGCGGAACCCCAUCUACCUGUUGGUGGUGCUGGCACAGGUCCACCUGGCAGCUAUGAUAGCCGGCCUUGCCACCUUCAUGGCCAAGUUCAUAGAGCGCCAGUUCACCCAGACCGCCUCCUUCUCCAACAUGAUGAUCGGUGGGGUGAACAUCCCUCUGGCGGUGCUGGGCAUCGUGCUGGGUGGGGCUCUGAUGAGGAGGCUGAAUAUCUCUACUAGAGGCUCUGCCCUCAUGUGCACGUCAGCCAUCUUGAUGUGUAUACUCACCGCUCUACCUCUCCUCCUCCUCGGCUGCUCCACACAGAGGGUCACCGGCAUCUACCCCACCAAACAGAACAGGUCAUUGGAGUGUAGCUCUGGGUGCUCCUGUCCGACCGAGGCCUUUAACCCAGUGUGUGGCUCAGACGGGGUGGAGUUCAGAUCGCCCUGUCAUGCAGGCUGCAUGACCAAAGUACUGGACAACAGCACCAGCAAAAUCCUGAACUACACAGACUGUGGCUGCAUAGGGGUCAGCGGAUCCUAUGGUUAUGCGUUGCCAGGGACAUGCGGUAGUGGCUGUAAACACCUUCUCCUGCCCUUCAUGGUUCUCUCUGCCCUCACCUGCUUCAUUGCAUCAUUCUCACAGACCCCAUCCUACAUGAUGAUACUGAGGACAGUGAGACCAGAGGAUAAGUCUUUUGCUGUGGGGGUUCAGUACAUGCUCUUCAGAGUGCUGGCGUUCCUGCCAGCCCCAGUCCUGUAUGGUACUGCCAUAGACACCACCUGUAUCAUCUGGGGAAAUAAAUGUGGGAGGAACACGUCGUGUCACUACUACAACAUGGACCUCUUCAGACAGAGGUUCCUGGGUCUGCAGGUAUUGUUUGUCUGCGGAGCGUUUGUCUGCUUCCUGCUCUCCCUCCUGGUCCUGAGACAUAGGGCAGGAAAAAAAGGCCAGCAGGCAGGACAGAGAUACACUAUGAUUAACAGAGAGCAGAGUCCAGACAAGAACACCGCCUCAAAAGAACAGCAGAGCAUGGCAGCAUGAGAGAGGCCUGAUAGAGAAAGAAAGAAAGAAAGAAAGAAAGAAAGAAAGAAAGAAAG